AGUAUCGACGCAUGCCUCAAAGACGCACUUUUUAAGUUCCAUCGCUAUUGGGAAACCGGGCUCAACCCGCGAGACAACCAACCCGGUCUGCCCUACAUGCCGUCGGCGUCUGUUACGCGUGAAUGAUGUGAAAGCUUGGUGGGUUCUCCCGAAGCGCUGUAGGCUAAUUCGUGAUGUAAAAGGAAGUCGGCUAACAAUAGUGGGUGGCUUCCAACAACCUGACAGCAGUCCUAGUCUGACACUUUAUUCAUUGAGCGUUGGGAUCCGUUGGGUUUGGUUCACUAUCACCGUCCCGAAGGUUGCAUUUGGAAAGCUGUCUCUGGAGUGUUUGGUCGGUUUAUGUGACUUUCUAAGACACGUUGUCAUUGGAUUUUAAGCUCUUGUCAUCAGCAGCUUGAUAGCCAUUAAAGAGUGAAUCGUCUGACAUGCCGAAAAAUAAGAUGGACGGUUUCGGCUGGUGUUGGAUGGUCAUCUGUCUCCUACUGUGCACUCCCACUGAUAUCUUUGUUGUGGCUAACCCAGAGGUGAACGAGACCCAGGAGUACGUACCGGUGAAUGUCUACCACGACACAGACGUCACCAGGAAAAAGAUUGUGACCGCCCAGUUUGAGUGCUACCAGAAAAUCAUGAAAGAUAACGACCACAACAAAAUAGGUUUCUUCUCUGAUGGUUUCUAUGCUGCAGGACCAGUGUGUAACCGGACUUGGGAUGGGUGGCUGUGCUGGGACGACACAGAGGCAGGCUUCACUUCAGAGCAGUACUGCCCUGACUACUUCCAGGACUUUGACCCCUCAGAAUUGGUGACAAAAAUAUGCAGUGACAACGGCCACUGGUUUCUGCAUCCAGAGAGCAACCGAACAUGGACCAACUACACACGAUGCAACGAGCAUACUAAUGAAGGCAGAAUGACUGCCAUGAAUUUGUUCUACUUGGCCCUCAUCGGUCAUGGCUUAUCACUGACAUCCCUAUUAAUUUCCCUGGGAAUAUUUUUCUAUUUCAAGAGUUUAAGUUGUCAGCGAAUCACUCUCCACAAAAACCUCUUCUUCUCCUUUGUAUUGAACUCGGUCAUUACCAUCAUCUGGCUGACCGCUGUGGCGAAUAACCAGGAGCUAGUACAAAGAAACCCUACAAGCUGUAAAGUGUCCCAGUUUAUCCAUCUUUAUCUUUUUGGUUGCAACUAUUUCUGGAUGCUUUGUGAAGGGAUAUACCUGCACACCCUCAUCGUUGUUGCUGUGUUUGCUGAGAAACAGCACUUGAUGUGGUACUAUCUUCUCGGCUGGGGCUUUCCUCUAAUUCCAGCAUCUAUACAUGCAAUCGCUCGCAGUUACUACUACAAUGACAAUUGUUGGAUAAGCUCCAACACUUCACUCCUCUACAUAAUCCAUGGGCCCAUCUGUGCUGCUCUGUUGGUGAACCUGUUCUUCCUUUUGAACAUUGUGCGUGUCCUGAUCACCAAGCUGAAGGUGACCCACCAGGCUGAGUCCAGUCUCUACAUGAAGGCGGUGCGCGCCACCCUGAUUCUGGUACCUCUCCUGGGGAUCCAGUACGUCCUGUUGCCCUACAAACCAGAGGGACGGGUCUCCUCUGAGAUCUACGACUACAUCAUGCACAUCUUAAUGCAUUAUCAGGGUCUGCUGGUAGCCACCAUCUUCUGCUUCUUCAACGGAGAGGUGCAAGGGGUUCUGAGGAGACAUUGGAACCAGUACCGUAUCCAGUUUGGAAGCACCUUCGCCCACUCAGAUGCCAUGCGGUCUGCCUCGUACACUGCUUCGUCCAUCACCGAGGUCCAGGGCUGCUACAGCAUCGACAGCCACACAGAACACUUGAACGGCAAGGGGGCCUGCCUCGAAAUCGAGACCUCCAUCUUAAAAUCAGAGAACCCGUUCACCUGAGGAUAGGAUGACUCUUUUUCGGAAUGGUGGGGAAGGGGAGGCUGCAGUUUGUUAGUAGGUUUCUUGGGUUAACCGAGGGAAGGGAGAAAGAAGGGAUAAACAACAGAAACGUUCGGACACUUGUAUACGCACUGGGGGAAAAAAAAAUUUGCUACCUUCGAUUAACACAUUGAAAUGGGCACUUAAUUGUUUUAUCAGCUUAGUGAGAAUCACUUUUUGCAAAACUUUUUCAAGUAUCCAUGUAUGAAGCUUCUUUGCUGCUUUUCAGAGGAAGCCAAAUGUUUAUAUUCUGAUAAUUUAUCUUAAAGCAUUCAAGUGUUACGCAGUCCUUUUAACAUGACUGUACAUAAACAAUGUAAAAAGGAGGUUUGACAAUCCAAAUUAAGAUAUUAUCAGUUCAGAUAAAGCCUGGGUGUUUGCCCAAAAUUAUUAUUUGUGAUAUGCCAAGCCAAGAACCACCCUUGUCGGCUAUUUUUAUACACAACAAUCUAUGCCACUAAGAACUAGGCUCUCUGAGGCUAUUAUCUGUGUUUCUCUAGCUGAAUUUAAGCUCAAGUUAAGGGCAAAGUUACACAGAUAUACAGUACAGUCCCUUGUUGGUAGUUAAUAACUUUUGAAAAGGUACAUGCUUUACCAUUAUCAACUAUUGUCAUUUAUGCCAAUAUCUGUCCUGUACAACUGAAUGUUACUUCAAUUAUGAAGUUUGGUUCUGGCACUGUUUUAAAUCUAUGGAAUAAAUAUUUAUAGGUUAAACCUUACAUUCCCCUCAGUGGCAAACGGUAUGCCUAUAAAACAUUGUGUUUAUUGUAAUAUAUGUCUGGCACAUACUGUAUGUUCAUAUAUUCUAAAUUCCAUAUAAUUGCCACUGUUCACUAUCGGAAUCAUUCAUGUGAAUUUCACUACUUUUUAAAUAAUUGUUUUCAUCCAAAUGCUGGAAACGACUCACAAUCAGAUUAUGUAAAGUAUGUGGACACCCCUUCAAAAUGAGUGGAUUUUGCUAUUUCAGC